AUGUCUGUGCCGGAGUCGGAGCUGGCGCCAGGGCGGCCGGAGGAUGCCGAGGGGCCGCAGCCGGGCGGGCCGAGGGCCGAGGCUCGCGCUGUCCCCCGCUCCUGCCCAGUGAGCCACGCCAACCGGCUGUCCGAGCUCUGCCUCCGCGCCCUCCACCCCGGGCUCUCGCGGUGCCUCCCCGUCCUUCCCCAGGCCGCUGCCCUCUCCCCCGCGGUGCUGCUUGUGUAA